AUGACAUCUAAAUGUGGUUACAGCGCCGUACAUACAUGCGACCCCGAAUUCUCGAGUCCAGGCGAGCCGCCAGACGUUGCACUUCGGACCGAGAAAAGUCCUCAAUUAUCGUACACGUUCGCAAAAGUCCCCACAUCGCCUAAACCACGUCACCCACCAAUCCCAAAAUCGAACAAAUAA